AUGGAGCCAGCCAAAGGUCAUUCCACGAAGAACACUGACAACCCCAUGUCGGCUUCCAUGCUUGCUCUCCCAGCUGAGAUAAUGUUCAAGAUAUUCGGAAAUUCCAGUUUGACUGAUAAAGACCUUGCCAACCUGCGUCGCGUGUGCAAAUGGACCAACCUAUGCGCAACUGAAGCAUUCGCGAAGGAACGUUUCAAGAAAGGUCUUCGUCUGGACUUUUAUGCUCAAGAGUUUGAGCGUCUUGCGGCCAUUUACUCCUCCAAUCUUGCUCCGUUCCUCGAGUGUGUACAUUUCGUGCGAAACUUCGACCUCCCCUCGAUCAGAGCCUACCCAAAAGCGCAUCCAGACUAUUCUGCACUCAAGAACAUCGAUUUCGAAUCCUCCCUCAGCGACCCAGGCUCUCCGAGUGCUUUGGAGGAGUUGUUGGGACAAGCAAAGCACCUUGAGACUUUCUCAUUCAGCACUUACAACAAUCCCGGGGGUAUCGACAGGAUGGCUGGAUAUUAUUAUGAUCGUGGCAGAGAGAGAAAAAUCCGCGACCGCGAACAGGUGGACGCGAUAUUCUCCAAGCUUAAUUCUGACCGUCUUACUGAGCUCAAUCUUGCACAUGUCAUUUUUUCGGUCAGAACGCUCAAGGCUUUACUUGAGAGACAUUGUGGUACCAUUCGCAAGCUAUCAUUCCUUGCAUGUGGCCUCAGACGCGGAAGCUGCGCUGGUCUACUUCUAUGGAUUUCUCAGAACCUUCCCUGUCUCGAGGAAAUCGAGCUGCGAGACGUCUAUGAGACCGCUUGGGGUGCAUUCACAUAUGUCGUGGUGGAAAUGGUCAAGAAGUCCGGCAAGGAGAGCAUCAAGGCUUACGUCGCCUCUCUACAGAAACAGAAUAAAUCGUGA